AUGUCUGUAGUGUGGGGAAAUGAUACCGUGCUUUUGCUUAUAGAGCUUUACGAAAGUCGUGACUUGUUGUGGGAUACUUCACACCGUGACUAUCGAAAUAAAAUAAAGAAAAAUGAUGCAUGGGAGGAUAUAGCCAAGGCGCUUAAAUUGCCUAGAAAAGAAAUAGAAACCAAAGUUCAUACCCUGCGUUCGCAAUUUGUCCGAGAAAGGAAGAAAGUGAAAUCGUCAAAAACUACUGGUAGUGGACGAGACGACGUGAAGUCCAGUGCAUGGUUUGCGUACGAUGCAAUGAAAUUUUUGCUAAAGGGAGCCACAACUUCUGGAAGCUUGGACACUUUGGACACAAACAGUCCACAAAGCCAAAACGCGAUUUCGUCUCCGGAUGAAGAUGUCGUUCUACAUUCUCAAUCUACCGUUCCGGAAUUUCAAUCUCCUCAUCAACUAGAAUCGCAAUCUACCAUUGAUCAAGCAGAGCAACCCACAACCCCUGCACCAACACCUUCAUCGUCGCGACCAACUCGGAAGAGGAGCCACCCCAAUGAAGAUAGAUUGGAGGAGGCUUAUGAAGUUCUGCAUGCUGCUAAAAACAGAAUGAUGUCCCGAGAUGAAUUCGAUGUUUAUGGACAGUACGUAGGAACUGAGUUACGUGCAUUAAAUGACGAACACAGUGUAAUUAUGGCUAAAUAUUAUAUUAAUAAUAUUUUAUUAGAUGCACGCUUAGGAAAAUACCGUACAAGUUAUAAUAAUCAAAGCCAGUCAGUUGUUCAACAGGGCUAUAGCACUGCAUCCAGUGAUAUUAGCCCCGAGCCUUCUGAAGAGCAUAUUAUACAAAACAUACUUGCAAAUAUGGAUUCCUCGAGCACUAAUAGCAUUGAUGGCACUAAUACUAAUUAAUUUACGUUGAUCGCUAUAUCCAUCUUGUACUCUUUAAAAUUUAUUUUACUGGAGAUUAAAAUACAAUUAUAAAUAAAA